AUGCCACCCAAGCAGACAGUGGAGGAUAUCCAGCUAAGCAAGAAGCUUUCCUGGUUGCUGCGCCAUGGAGCCAAAACGGAGGGCAUUCCUAUCCAGCUGGAUGGCUACGUCAGCGUGUCCGAUCUUGUGAAGCAUUCGCGCUACAAAUGCUUCUCUCUGGAGAAACUGCAGGCGAUUGUGUCCGCGGACGCCAAGCAACGAUAUACUCUACGCUGGAACAAAGAUCGUGGCGUCCAUGAGAUUCGUGCCAACCAGGGUCACUCCCUAUCGUCGGUGGUGGACAGCGAGGCGGCGGGCCUUGAAAAACUGACUAAUCCGCCUCUCCUGGCGGUCCACGGCACCUACUACAGGCACUGGGAGGCUAUAAAGGCACAAGGUUUGAGCAGGAUGAAUCGCAACCACGUACAUUUUGCCAGCAGCGACAGAACGGAGUCUACCCUGAGUGGAUUCCGCGGCGAUUGCCAGAUUCUGAUAUAUCUCGACACCGGAAAGGUUCUCUCGGACGGCAUACCGAUCUACCGAUCCAGCAAUGAUGUGCUCCUCUGUCCUGGCGUCGAGGGCGUCAUAGACACAUCAUAUUUCGAACGAGUGAUUGACAGGAGAACGGGGCAGCCUUUGGCUUACUGA